AUGACGAAGAACCCGGUCAAUCACGGCCGUGCCAAGCUCAUCGAUAUCAAGUACCAUCACAUCUGUGAUGAGGUCAAGCGCGGUGAAGCUGAAGCAGAAAGUAUUGUGAAACUGCGGUGA